GAGGAGGUGGUUGCUGCUGAUGAUGGUGGGAGAGGAGGAGGCGCUCAGCUGAAGCUGCUGCUCAUGACGCAGGAAAAACGCACCGCCGGCCAAAGAAAGACCUGGGAGACUGCAAUGACAGGAACGAAAUAAAAAUCUAGGCGGAAGCGGGAUUAAAACCUUGCGGGACACCUUCUCGACCACGCAAAGCGGCAGUCGCUUAACGGACCAUUGAAACGAAGCCGGUCCGGAGCCUCUAAACAGGGAAGAAAAAAAAACCCAGCGGGAGGCGACGCGAAGAAGUUUUAAUGCCUGUGAAGUUGUGGGGGAGGACAUAAAGGAAGCGAGAGGGGAGGGAAAAAAAAUACAGUAGCCCGACCGCGUCGCUUUUGCAGAAGCGAUUACGCUCGCCUGUCUCAUCUGAUUUCUAUGACUGUGGCUGGCAGAGCCGGGAGCAUUCACACAUGUGUAGCCUCGCCUGUCUCUCUGCACCUCUUAUGAGCAGCAGGCCGGCUCCUAAUCUCCUGCUGGGGAGGAGGACUUACUAGUUUGCGGUUAUGCAAUGGUCUCUGCAAAACGUUCUGUGUUUAAGGUGGAGCUUCAUAAGACAGACGUAUGUCGGCUUGUCUUUCUUAAAGGGAUUAUAAUUUCUUCUCUUGCAAUUGCUACAUAAACAGACAAAAUUGCAAAGAUCUGCCCUGUGUCGAGUAUGACAGCCACGACUCGUGGCUCUCCGGUUGGAGGGAAUGAAAGUCAAGGCCAGGCUCCUGAUGGACAGUCCCAGCCUCCACUCCAACAGAAUCAGACUUCUUCACCUGAUUCUUCCAAUGAAAACUCCCCAGUCAGCCCCCCAGAUGACCAGGCGCAAGGGGAUGCACCUCCUGCACUGGAGGAUGAGGAACCUGCCUUUCCUCACACUGACUUGGCCAAGCUGGAUGACAUGAUCAACAGACCUCGCUGGGUUGUUCCAGUUUUGCCUAAAGGUGAAUUAGAAGUUCUUUUAGAAGCUGCUAUUGAUCUUAGUAAAAAAGGCCUUGAUGUGAAAAGUGAAGCAUGCCAACGAUUCUUUAGAGAUGGUCUAACAAUAUCUUUUACAAAAAUUCUCACUGAUGAAGCAGUGAGUGGCUGGAAGUUUGAGAUCCAUAGGUGUAUAAUUAACAAUACCCAUCGCCUUGUGGAACUAUGUGUGGCCAAGCUUUCCCAAGAUUGGUUUCCUCUUCUUGAACUACUAGCAAUGGCCUUAAAUCCUCAUUGUAAAUUUCAUAUCUACAAUGGUACACGUCCAUCAGAAACUGUUCCAGCUGGAGUUCAGUUGGCAGAAGAUGAGCUGUUUGCCCGUCCUCCUGACCCACGUUCCCCGAAGGGUUGGUUAGUAGACCUCAUUAAUAAGUUUGGCACAUUAAACGGGUUCCAGAUCCUGCAUGAUCGCUUUAUCAAUGGCUCAGCUUUGAAUGUUCAAAUCAUCGCAGCGCUCAUAAAGCCAUUUGGACAGUGCUAUGAUUUUUUAACUCUUCACACAAUCAAGAAAUACUUUCUUCCAAUUAUAGAAAUGGUCCCUCAAUUUCUAGAAAAUUUAACUGAUGAGGAGUUGAAAAAAGAAGCGAAAAAUGAAGCCAAAAAUGAUGCUCUGUCCAUGAUCAUAAAAUCUCUUAAAAACUUAGCUUCCCGAGUUCCAGGACAAGAAGAAACUGUCAAAAAUUUAGAAAUUUUUAGGCUUAAAAUGAUACUUAGGUUGUUACAAAUUUCUUCCUUUAAUGGAAAAAUGAAUGCACUUAAUGAAGUGAACAAAGUAAUAUCAAGUGUAUCCUACUACACACACAGACAUGGCAAUCCAGAGGAGGAGGAGUGGCUAACUGCCGAGCGAAUGGCUGAGUGGAUCCAGCAGAACAACAUCCUAUCAAUUGUUUUACGAGAUAGCCUUCAUCAACCGCAGUAUGUGGAGAAAUUAGAAAAAAUUCUUAGGUUUGUCAUUAAGGAAAAAGCACUUACUCUGCAAGAUCUGGACAACAUUUGGGCAGCACAGGCAGGAAAACAUGAAGCCAUUGUAAAAAAUGUCCAUGACUUGCUUGCCAAGUUAGCAUGGGAUUUUUCUCCUGAACAACUUGACCACCUUUUUGAUUGUUUUAAGGCUAGUUGGACAAAUGCAAGCAAAAAACAGCGCGAGAAGCUGCUGGAGUUAAUACGUCGGCUAGCAGAAGAUGACAAAGAUGGUGUAAUGGCUCAUAAGGUUUUAAACCUUCUGUGGAAUUUAGCGCACAGUGAUGAUGUGCCUGUUGAUAUAAUGGACCAAGCCUUGAGUGCCCAUAUUAAAAUUUUGGAUUACAGCUGCUCGCAGGAUCGAGAUGCACAGAAAAUUCAGUGGAUAGAUCGUUUUAUAGAAGAGCUGCGUACAAAUGAUAAAUGGGUCAUACCAGCACUUAAACAAAUUAGAGAAAUAUGCAGUUUAUUUGGUGAAGCACCUCAAAAUUUAAGCCAGACUCAGCGCAGUCCGCAUGUUUUCUACAGACAUGACUUAAUAAACCAACUCCAGCAUAACCAUGCUCUUGUUACACUAGUGGCAGAAAAUCUUUCUUCAUAUAUGGACGGCAUGCGACAGUACUCCAAAGAACAUGGUGAGUACGAUCCUCAGACUGUGAGGCCAGGAAGUCGAUAUAGUCAUGUUCAAGAAGUACAGGAGCGGCUAAAUUUUCUGAGGUUUUUAUUGAAGGAUGGUCAGCUUUGGCUUUGCGCACCCCAGGCAAAACAGAUUUGGAAGUGCUUAGCUGAAAAUGCGGUUUACCUUUGUGACCGUGAAGCCUGUUUCAAGUGGUACUCCAAGCUCAUGGGUGAUGAGCCGGAUUUGGACCCAGAUAUCAAUAAAGACUUCUUUGAAAACAAUGUGCUACAGCUGGAUCCAUCUCUCUUAACAGAAAAUGGCAUGAAGUGCUUUGAGCGCUUUUUCAAAGCUGUCAAUUGUCGUGAAGGAAAACUUGUAGCAAAACGAAGAGCCUAUAUGAUGGAUGACUUGGAACUUAUAGGGCUUGAUUAUCUCUGGCGGGUUGUAAUUCAGGGAAGCGAUGACAUUGCAAGUCGAGCAAUAGAUCUUUUAAAGGAAAUCUACACCAACCUUGGACCCAGGUUACAAGUAAAUCAGGUGGAGAUACAUGAAGACUUCAUCCAGUCCUGCUUUGAUCGUUUAAAGGCAUCAUAUGAUACACUAUGUGUUUUGGAUGGUGACAAAGACAGUAUUAAUUGUGCAAGACAAGAAGCAAUACGAAUGGUCAGGGUGCUGACUGUCCUAAAAGAAUACAUAAAUGAAUGUGACAGUGACUGCCAUGAAGAAAGAACAAUCCUUCCAAUGUCUAGGGCUUUCCGGGGCAAACACAUCACCCUGGUUGUGCGAUUUCCAAAUCAGGGCAGACAGGUAGAAGAUUUGGAUAUCUGGUCUCACACAAAUGACACGAUAGGCUCAGUUCGUCGUUGCAUCUUGAACCGCAUCAAAGCCAACAGCGCACAUACAAAGGUUGAACUGUUCAUUGGUGGAGAGCUUGUAGAUCCUUCUGAAGACAGAAAAUUAAUUGGUCAAUUAAAUUUGAAAGAUAAAACGUUAAUUACAGCCAAGCUGACACAAAUAAGCUCAAACAUGCCUUCAAGUCCUGACAGUUCUUCAGACUCCUCAACUGGCUCUCCUGGCAAUCAUGGAAACCACUUUAGUGAUGGUCCCAACCCUGAAGUUGAAAGCUGCCUUCCCGGAGUGAUAAUGUCAUUACAUCACCGAUAUAUCUCCUUUCUGUGGCAAGUAGCAGAUUUGGGCAGCAGUCUAAAUAUGCCCCCACUACGUGAUGGAGCACGUGUGCUGAUGAAACUUAUGCCACCAGACAGUACCAUUGUAGAGAAACUCCGAGCAAUUUGUUUAGAUCAUGCUAAACUUGGAGAAAGUAGCUUGAGUUCAUCCUUAGAUUCACUAUUUUUUGGCCAGUCGGCAUCUCAAGUUUUAUAUCUGACAGAGGUUGUUUAUGCCUUGUUAAUGCCUGCCAAUGCUCCCUUGGGAGAGGAUGCAAGUGAUUUUCAGUACAACUUUCUCAAAAGUGGUGGUUUGCCUCUUGUAUUGAGCAUGCUUACUCGAAAUAACUUCUUGCCAAAUGCUGAUAUGGAAACAAGGAGAAGUGCAUACCUUAAUGCAUUGAAAGUCGCCAAAUUGCUGCUUACUGCGAUUGGUUAUGGUCAUGUCCGGGCUGUCGCUGAGGCUUGCCAGCCAGUGGAGGGAACAAAUCCUGUCUCACCGAUGAAUGUUGCUACACAUGAUCAAGCAGUGGUGCUACAAAAUGCCCUGCAGAACAUUCCUAAUCCAACCUCGGAAUGUAUGCUGAGAAAUGUAGCAAUACGCCUUGCACAGCAAAUAUCGGAUGAGGCUUCUAAGUACAUCCCAGAUAUUUGUGUAAUUCGCGCAAUACAGAAAGUAAUCUGGGCCUCAGGCUGUGGGUCAGUUCAGUUGGUGUUUUCUGCCAAUGAAGAAAUUAGCAAAAUUUAUGAGAAGACUAAUGCUGGCAAUGAACCUGAUCCCGAGGAUGAACAAGUUUGUUGCGAGGCUCUGGAGGCUAUGACUUUGUGUUUUGCUUUGAUACCAACAGCACUGGAAACGCUCAGCAAAGAGAAAGCAUGGCAGACUUUCAUCAUUGACUUGUUACUUCACUGUCAAAGCAAACUUGUGAGACAAAUGGCGCAGGAACAGUUUUUUCUCAUGUCUACAAGGUGUUGUAUGGGACAUAGACCUCUUAUAUUCUUUAUCACACUUCUGUUUACAGUUCUUGGGAGUACUGCUAGGGAGCGUGCUAAACAUGCUGGGGAUUACUUCACCUUGUUAAGGCACCUUCUGAAUUAUGCCUACAACAGCAACAUUAACAUUCCCAAUGCUGAGGUUCUGCUCAACAAUGAAAUAGAUUGGCUAAAGAGGAUAAGGGAUGAUGUGAAAAGGACCGGUGAAACAGGUGUCGAGGAGACAAUUCUUGAAGGUCACUUGGGAGUAACAAAGGAAUUGUUAGCAUUCCAAACACCGGAGAAGAAAUACCACAUCGGAUGUGAAAAGGGGGGUGCUAAUCUCAUUAAGGAAUUGAUUGAUGACUUCAUAUUCCCAGCAUCCAACGUGUAUUUGCAGUAUAUGAAGACUGGAGAGCUACCAGCUGAGCAAGCUAUUCCUGUGUGCAGUUCACCAGCCACUAUUAAUGCAGGAUUCGAGCUUCUGGUUGCAUUAGCUGUGGGGUGUGUUCGAAACCUCCGACAGAUUGUGGAUACAUUAAAUGAAAUGUAUUACUCAGGUACUGCCCUUACAGGUUGCGAAGCACUUACAGAAUGGGAAUAUUUGCCUCCAGUUGGACCGAGGCCCCCAAAGGGUUUUGUGGGGCUUAAAAAUGCAGGGGCUACAUGCUACAUGAACUCUGUUAUCCAGCAGCUGUAUAUGAUUCCUUCGAUCCGUAAUGGUAUUCUUGCCAUUGAAGGCACUGGCAGUGAUGUUGACGAUGACAUGUCCGGAGAUGAAAAACAGGACAAUGAGAGCAACGUAGACCCACGAGAUGAUGUUUUUGGUUACCCUCACCAAUAUGAAGACAAGCCUUCACUGAAUAAAACAGAGGACAGAAAAGAAUACAAUAUUGGUGUACUAAGGCAUCUGCAGGUCAUCUUUGGACACUUAGCUGCAUCCAGAUUGCAGUAUUAUGUACCAAGAGGAUUUUGGAAACAAUUCAGGCUUUGGGGAGAACCUGUUAACCUGAGGGAGCAACAUGAUGCAUUAGAAUUUUUCAAUUCCCUUGUUGAUAGUUUAGAUGAAGCAUUAAAAGCUUUAGGUCAUCCAACAAUGUUAAGCAAAGUUUUAGGAGGAUCUUUUGCUGAUCAAAAAAUUUGCCAAGGGUGCCCCCAUAGGUACGAAUGUGAAGAAUCCUUUACAACCCUGAAUGUAGAUAUUAGGAACCACCAAAACCUGCUUGACUCAAUGGAACAGUACGUUAAAGGAGACUUACUGGAAGGUGCAAAUGCAUAUCACUGUGAAAAAUGCAACAAAAAGGUUGAUACAGUGAAGCGUUUGCUAAUCAAGAAGCUGCCUCCUGUUCUAGCCAUCCAGCUGAAACGCUUUGACUAUGACUGGGAAAGGGAAUGUGCAAUUAAAUUCAAUGACUAUUUUGAGUUUCCGCGAGAGCUAGACAUGGAGCCAUAUACAGUUGCUGGUGUAGCAAAAUUGGAAGGAGAUGAGGUUAACCCUGAAAAUCAGGUCAUCCCCAAUGAACAGACUGAAAAUGAACCUUCUGGAAGCACUAAAUACAGACUAGUUGGGGUGUUGGUGCACAGUGGGCAGGCCAGUGGAGGCCAUUACUAUUCUUACAUCAUCCAAAGAAAUGGAGGCGAUGGGGAAAAGAAUCGCUGGUAUAAGUUUGAUGAUGGAGAUGUCACGGAAUGCAAAAUGGAUGAUGAUGAGGAAAUGAAGAACCAGUGCUUUGGCGGAGAGUACAUGGGGGAAGUGUUUGACCACAUGAUGAAAAGAAUGUCAUACCGGCGUCAGAAGAGGUGGUGGAAUGCCUACAUUCUUUUUUAUGAACGCAUGGACACUCUAGAUAAAGACAAUGAGCUGAUCAAAUAUAUAAAUGAGCUUACAAUCACCUCAAAACCCCACCAGAUCAAGAUGCCCUCAGCCAUUGAGCGAAGUGUACGCAAGCAAAAUGUGCAAUUCAUGCACAAUCGAAUGCAGUUCAGCUUAGAAUAUUUUCAGUUCAUAAAGAAGUUACUAACAUGUAACAGUGUCUACCUGAAUCCUCCCCCAGGACAAGAACAGUUGAUGCCCGAGCCAGAAGAAAUAACCAUGAUUAGUAUACAGCUUGCUGCUAAAUUCUUGUUUACCACAGGAUUUCAUACAAAGAAAGUUGUCCGUGGUCCUGCUAGUGACUGGUAUGAUGCAUUGUGUAUCCUACUCCGCCAUAGCAAGAAUGUCCGCUACUGGUUUGCACAUGGCGUCCUUUUUGCUUACCCAAAUCGUUUCUCUGAGUAUCUUUUGGAGUGUCCUAGUGCUGAAGUCAGAGGAGCUUUUGCAAAACUUGUAGUAUUUAUUGCACACUUUUCUUUACAAGAUGGCCCUUGCACCUUACCCUUUGUUUCUCCUGGACCAUCAAGCCAGGCUUAUGAUAAUUUGAGUCUGAGUGACCAAUUACUGAGAGCUGUACUUAACCUUCUCAGAAGAGAAGUGUCUGAGCAUGGUCGUCAUCUACAACAGUACUUCAACCUUUUCGUCAUGUAUGCCAACCUUGGCAUGCAAGAAAAGACCCAGCUUCUGAAACUCAAUGUGCCUGCAACAUUUAUGCUAGUAGCAAUGGAUGAAGGGCCUGGUCCUCCAAUCAAAUACCAGUAUGCUGAAUUGGGCAAAUUGUACACUGUAGUGUCACAGCUAAUCCGUUGUUGCGAUGUAUCAUCGCGUAUGCAGUCUUCUAUUAAUGGUAAUCCGCCACUGUCUAACCCCUACGGAGACCCCAACCUUUCCCAGCCUAUUAUGCCACUGCAGCAGAACGUGGCAGAGUUGUUGUUUGUGAAAACCAGCUAUGUGAAGAAAAUAAUUGAGGACUGCAGCAACUCUGAAGAGACCAUCAAAUUGCUUCGAUUUUGUUGCUGGGAGAAUCCCCAGUUCUCCUCUACAGUUCUCAGUGAAUUGCUGUGGCAGGUGGCAUAUUCUUACACUUAUGAGCUUAGGCCCUAUUUGGACCUUCUACUCCAAAUCUUGUUGAUAGAAGACUCUUGGCAGACCCAUAGGAUUCACAAUGCACUUAAAGGAAUACCAGAUGACAGAGAUGGUUUGUUUGAUACCAUCCAACGCUCCAAGAACCACUAUCAGAAGAGAGCUUACCAGUGCAUAAAAUGUAUGGUCGCACUCUUCAGCAACUGUUCUGUCGCAUACCAAAUAUUGCAGAGCAAUGGAGAUUUAAAAAGGAAAUGGACGUGGGCAGUGGAAUGGUUGGGCGAUGAGUUGGAGCGCAGGCCUUACACUGGCAAUCCUCAGUACACAUACAACAACUGGUCCCCGCCAGUGCAGAGCAAUGAAACUUCAAAUGGCUACUUUUUAGAGCGGUCACACAGUGCUAGGAUGACUCUUGCCAAGGCUUGUGAGCUGUGCCCAGAAGAGGAGCCAGAUGACCAAGAUGCCCCUGAGGAACACGAAUCCUCCCCACCUGAAGAUGCCCCAUUGUAUCCCCAUUCACCUGGUUCUCAGUUUCAGCAGAAUAACCAUUUGCAUGGACAACCAUACACCGGCCCAGCAGCACACCACAUGAACAAUCCUCAACGUGCAGGGCAGCCGCGAGCACAAGAAGAAUUUGAAGGCAGUGAAGAUGUCCCCCUAAUUCAAACAAAAGAUUAGUGAAACUCAAUAUUAUUAUUUUACUUAACUCCUCCGAGACUGUGCACCCAGGCCUUACAGUCCAACCUUCCUUUGUGUCUGGCUAAUAUUUAAAACUAGAAAAUGAAAAAAAAACUAUUCCUAAGCAACUUGGAGUGGAAAGUCUAUUCACUGUUUUAUCUGCAGAAACUUGCUGUCAAUAUAUAACCCGCCUGCAGUGGAAAGUGUAUAGUGUUUUGUAAUAAACGGCCUGAUGCUAAUGUGUAAAUGGCAAAGGUGUACAUAGUAUAUUAAUGUUUGACUGUUAAUUCUUAAGCAAGACUUUUUUUUUUUUUUUUUUUUGGGGCUUGAUGAAAUUCACGUCUUUACAAAAAAAA